AUGUCUGCAAAAGAACUCCCCCCUCAUCUAAAGCAAUCCGUUGAGGCUUCGAAAUGCGAGUAUCGCAAUUUGGGCAAAUCAGGUCUGCGCAUUUCGGUUCCUGUGUUUGGAUGCAUGAGCUUUGGUGAUAAGAGAGUUCUUCCUUGGGUGAUUGGAGAGGAUGAGGCCCUGGAACUUCUUAAAGCUGCUUAUGAUCGCGGCCUGAACACCUGGGACACCGCGAAUACUUACAGCAAUGGCGCGUCGGAGGAAAUUGUCGGCAAGGCAUUAAAGAAGUUCAACAUUCCACGCCACAAGGUUGUCAUCCUCAGUAAAUGCCGCUGGGGUGUCGGCGAAGAGCCAGGCGCUCGCCACAUCAACUUUAAAGACGAAUUCGCCAUUUCAAAAGAUUACCAGAACCAAUACGGCCUCUCCCGCGCCGCAAUCUUUAACCAAGUCAAUGCAUCCCUCGCACGUCUCGACACGGAUUACCUCGACCUUCUCCAGAUCCACCGCUUCGACGACGAUACUCCUAUUGAAGAAACGAUGAAAGCACUCCACGACCUAGUUCAAUCCGGAAAAGUGCGCUACAUCGGCGCAAGCAGCAUGUGGGCGACCCAAUUCGCGCGCAUGCAAUUCGUCGCCGAAAAGAACGGCUGGACCAAAUUUAUUAGCAUGCAGAACCAUUAUAACCUACUGUACCGCGAGGAGGAGCGCGAGAUGAUCCGUUUCUGCAACGAUACGGGCGUGGGGAUCAUUCCGUGGGCGCCGCUUUGUAGAGGACAUCUUGCACGACCGCCUGCGCAGUUUGGAGCCACGGAGAGGAGUAAGGAGGAGAAGGAAGGAUCUGGGGAGUUGUCGGAGACUGAUCAGAAGAUUAUAGGGAGGGUUGUUGAGGUUGCAGAGAAGCAUGAUUGGCCUAUGGCGCAUGUCGCGCUGGCUUGGAUUAAUCAGCGGGUAACGAGUCCCAUUAUUGGGUUUAGUAGUGUUGAGAGGAUCGAGCAGGCUAUUGGGGCGAGGGGGAAGAACUUGAGUGAUGAGGAGGUCAAGUAUUUGGAGGAGUUGUAUCAGGCCAAGCCCAUCGCUGGACAUACUUAG